AUGUUGGUACGUAAAUUACAAAAUUUAGGAUUAUUGAUAAUUUUAUUAUUUGUCAUCAAUACUUCCUCCCAUCCAUAUCCUAUACAAGAAGAAUCGUAUCGUACAUAUCCCAUACAUAGAGUAGCGCUUAAUCCACGAGGAUAUCAUGCAAUAAAUAAUAUAUGCAUUCAUUGGUACGAUUAUCUUCAACAAGAGAAAUCGACUGAUUGUGACAUACCAUUUCCUCAGAGCCCAAUUCAAGUACCAUCAUCACCCAUGCCACCUAAUAAACCAAUUCAAAGCUCAUCAUCAAAGACAUCUCCGGAUUGGUCAAUAGGAUAUAAACUCUCUAUUCAUACAGAAGCAGGCACAUUUCAUGAAGGACCAUUUCUUUGGUGGGAUGGCUGGUUUACAAUAAAUGUUUCUGGGAAUAAUAAAUCAGAUGAUUAUUUUUGGAGGAAUUCUACAAAAUUAGUUGUAUUUGCUCUAGUAAUAUAUGCCCGUAAUCGUGAAGGCAUUUUUCUUAUUAAAUAA